AUGGGACUGGUGAUAUCAGUGAUAUUGCUACUUGUUUUUGUCGGAGUUCUUGUCUUGAUUCAUGUCUGUGUAGUAUUGAGGGCUUUUAGAAGAAGAAUUGACAACGUUAAUAUGAUGGAGAGAGGUGUCAGCAUGUCUCAAGAGGAUAUAGACAAGCUUCCUUGCUUUGAUUUUCAAGCCAAAGAGAAGGGAGUCAAUAGUCCAGUGGACUGUGCAAUUUGUUUGGAUAAUCUCAAGGUGGGUGAUAAAUGCAGGAUUUUGCCUCAAUGCAACCACAGUUUUCACGCUGAAUGCAUAGAUUUGUGGCUCUUGAAAUCCCCCUUUUUUCCAAUAUGUAGGGCUAGCGCUGAUAUUCUGAAGGGUUGUUCCAUAUCUGCAGGAGAAAGCAGCGGAUAUAGUGAAAGUGGUCAAACGAGAGAACACAAUGUCCACACGACUGAGACAAGAAUUGAGUUGAGAGAAAGCCAAAAAGUUGAUAAUUUUAAUUAG